UCCAAUGAUGCACAUUGUGCUGUCAUCGAAAGAUAUAUUCGCGACGACAGCGUACUUUUCUUACAUUUUUUUGAGAGUAUUAUAAUUCUGUUACAUAUUUCCUAGUGCCCUUGCAGUAUAUAUGAGUGCAAAGAUAAAUAUAAAAUUAUGACGCGUAAAAAUACGAUUAAUAGCAUAAUAAUGCUUAUACUACCUUUGUACGGUAUCUGGCCAGGCAGACCGAUCACUUUAAUUAACAGAGUGUUGUGGAUGAUUGCGACAGGAUUUGUCAAAUUUUGUCAUUGCCUCUAUAUUUUAGCGCACUUUAAUUCUCAAAAUUUUUUCAACUUAAUUGAUUGUUUGUGCAGCAUUUUGUCACACGCCAAAUUGGUCAUUAAACUCCUUGCGUUUUGGAUAAAUCAGCGAAAAUUCAUAGAAAUUUUGGCGUCAAUUACGGACGACUGGAACGAUUGCGCUGACAAUGACAUCAGUAUGCGUCUGACAAUGCGAAAGGCAAAAUUAUCGGAUCGUAUCACUUAUGGAAUAAUUACUCUUUAUACAAUGACUAUUUUCGGAUAUUGUCUCGGAGUCAUCAUCGCUGAUGCCGAUGUUACCGAUCAAACGAUUGAAGUUCCUUUCCUCAACAAAGUGAAAUUUCCUUUCAGCAUUCACACGCAGAACAUGUAUAGAUUUGUAUUAAUCGUCGAAUUCGUGCACAUGCUCUUCAGUCAUUUGUUAAUCGGUAUUGUAAACAACAUACUUUUGACUUUGGUUUUGCAUGUGGGAGGUCAAGUGGAGAUCCUACAAAGCUGGUUAUCGCAGCUUAUACCUAAAAAGCUUGAGAAUAAAGAAGAAUCACUCAUCACCGCGACAAACAAAAUCAUUCGAAAGCAUAACAAAAUUAUCCAAUUUUCAGAAAAUAUCGAGACUCUAUAUGCAUAUAUCGCGUUGUAUCUUUUUGUAUCGGAUAUAAUAUUAAUUUGUUCAAUAGCUUUUCUCAUCAUAACCGCACUUGGCACUCCUAAUGCCGUGAAAACGAUUAUGAAAUGUCUUUUAUUUUUCUCAGAUACAAAUCUGGAAGCAUUUAUAUUUUGCUACGCUGGAGAAUAUCUAAGCAAUAAGGGCGAAACUAUCGGAUUUGCAAUAUAUAAUUGUCCAUGGUACAAUUUGAGACCUAAAGAUAUUCGUGUAUUAUUAUUUAUAAUAAUAAGAUCGCAAAAGCAAUUGACACUCACAGCUGGCAAGAUGAUGGAUCUCUCUUUAAAAUCUUUUACAAGCAUCAUGAAUGCCUCUGGAUCCUUCUUAUCACUAUUAUUGGCGAUGCAAUGA